UGCCUUGUGGCGGAGAGGACGUCUGCCUUCGCGGGCUUCGGCGGCGGCGGCGGCGGCGCAGCAGAACGUAGCACAUACAGACCAGGCCUGUUCCCUGGGUGGGAACCUGCGUGUCAGCAGCCCGGAGCCCAGAGCCUGUCCUGGAGCCUGCACAAUCAAUCCUGACGGAAGCGGAGGGACCGAGUGCAAUCCAUCCAGGGCGCAGCUGAGUUUUGAGAGGCGUUAAUGCCUUGGCGUCCACCAAGGGACCACUGGGACUAAUUCUCUUGGCAAACUUGUGGCCAGCCAAAACUACCAUGCUUCACAUCCCGGUUCUGCUUGGUUAUCGCCCAAGAUUGGCUUCCACCAGAGAUGAAAUGUGGUCUGAGGGAAGAUACGACUAUGAUCGACUUCCGAGAGAGCGAGUGCCGCCCCGGAGCCAUCCCAGUGAUGGCUACCAUAGAGUAGUUAAUGUUGUGCCAAAGAGACCACCUCUGCUAGACAAGAGACCACCUCUGCUAGACAAGAGACCGCCUCUGCUAGCCAGACCUGAUGAAGGAGGCUACAGUAGAUAUUACAAUCAUGUUGAUUACGGAGAGUGUGGCGAGGGCCGCAGUUUUUCUCAUGAUCGAAGAAGUGGCCCACCUCACAGAGGAGAUGAAUCUGGCUACAGAUGGACAAAAGAUGACCAUUCCACAAGCCGACAGCCUGAAUACAGGGACAUGAGAGAUGGCUUUAGAAGAAAAGUCUACUCUUCCCAUUAUUCAAGAGACCGGUCUCCCCAUAAAAGGGACGCUCCUUUUUUCAGAGAGUCACCCGUAGGCCGGAAGGACUCCCCACACAGCAGAUCCGGCUCCAGUGUCAGCAGCCGAAGCUACUCUCCAGAGCGAAGCAGGACGCACUCCUUCCACCAGUCUCAGCAUAGAAAGUCCGCGCGCGUCGGUGCGUCCUACAAACGGCAGAAUGAAGCAAAUCCAGGAAGAGGUAAAGAGAGAUCCAUCCAGUCUGUGAAAACUUCAAGAGAUACUUCUCCCUCAAGUUCUUCAGCAGUUUCUUCAUCCAAGGUGUUAGACAAACCUAGCAGGCUAACUGAGAAGGAACUUGCUGAGGCUGAAAGCAAGUGGGCUAGCGAGAAAUUGGAGAAGUCAGAUGAAAAUAACUUGGGUGAAAUUGCUGAGUUUGAGGAGGGGUCCACAGCACCCUUAUUUAUUGACCAGACAGAAGAACCCGAGUCAAGCACAUCAGAUGACCAGCUCAGCAGUCGCUCUAAAGCAAUUGCAUCAAAAACAAAAGAGAUCGAACAGGUAAGAAUGCAGUCUUCUAUAGACACAGCUGGUGGCUGUGGCUCUGCACUGAAUACAUAUCCUGGCAUGUCUUUUCCACUUGUAACUCCAAAGUUCCACUGAACAUG